AUUGAAUCGCUCCUGCUUCUGACGACGCUAGGGUUCCACCGCCGACGGUCGAACGGUCUCCUGCGCCUUCGUUCGGUCGUCGUCGUCGCCGCGAGAGAAAGAUGUCGGCGAACUCGAGGGCCAGCUCCGAUCCGGUGGACCUCGAGAAAAGAGCCGCCGGGGUGAAAGCGGCGGCAGGGGAGGAGGAGCUGGCCGUCGUGGACCCGCGGAAGGCCGAUUUGAUCAGGCGCUCGCUAGACAUUUUCUUCAUGGUGUAUCUGCUGUUUUUCGUUGGUGUCUUAGCAGUGAUGGUCAUGGUUUCCGGCAACUGGUGGGAUCCGUGGCCAGGUGUUCUUAUCCUAUCCCCUAUCUUCAUAGGGACGCUCUGGCUGACACCCAAGAUGAAGGACGUGUAUAUUCAGCUCUUUGCCACGACCUGGAAGUGACAGUAAUCUUUCUACCAAACUACUGACAUCUGAGAAAUAAUCCAAUGAGUGAGUGAUAAGUGGCGCUGUUUAGUUAGUAUGUGCAGUUUGAUGCCCUGAUAGUAGUAGUAGGCUUGUGGUAUGGACUGGUAGUAUGCAUGGUGCCUGCCCUUAAGCCAGUUCUUCAGUUUUGUGUGCCCAGCUGAUAAAUUGGGCAGCCACCAGAUGGGCGUGAAUAUAUUGUUGGGCAAUAUUAUGGAGUGUACUGGGACCUGCCUUACCUCUAUAAUCGAAGCCAGCAUAUUUAUUGUCGUUGCAUGUAUGGUUUCUGCUGUUCAUUCCACUGGUAUGUGUUGUUUUGCUGUUGGUCACCGGCCAUAUGGCAAGAGCUUGCUACCUAGAACAACUGAACAAAGAUUUUUUGGAACAGAGAUCUAGUACAGCACUGCUGUUCUUC